AUGAAGCCCAUCACCACUCGGAAGAGACGGAUGGAGAGCUCCCCCACGGCGUCCGACUCCUUGGGGAGGAGGGAAGGAGGACCUCAGGCAGCUCUGCUCCAGAAGGAAGCGAAGCUGCGGCACUGCAGGUCUGCCAUGGGGUCCUUGGGGCUGGGGGCUGGAGAGGAAGGCCCUGCGGAGGGCCGGGUGGCUAAGGGUAAGGUGUGCCGCCGUCCUGCCACGGCCAAGGCUGGGAGCCGGCAGAGCUGGCAGGGUGAGUGUGAGCAGGGUGAGUGUGGGCAGGUCAAGUGUGGACAGGAUGAGUGUGAGCAGGGGGAGAGUGAACAGGGUGAGAGUGAGCAGUGUGAGAGUGAGCAGGGUAAGCACAGGGAAGUGAGAAGAAUGGGCUCGGUGUCAGAGGAGCUCAGCUUGGUCCCCCUGCACCAGAGGCCGGAGCUGCUGGAAGCCUGUGCCGAGCUGCUGCGUGAGGAGUGGGGGAAGAGCCGGGCGUCGAGGCUCCACAUGCUCCAGCGCUCCUCAGACGCCUUUCCCAUCUGCCUGCUGCUGCUGCGGAGCCGGGGCCCCACCGAGAUCCCUGGCCCCCGGGAGGGUCCCUGCCAGCUGGUGGGCCAUGUCCGACUCUCCCGCGUGGUCGGCCGUCCCCGUGACCUCUACGUGGAGAGCGUGGUGGUGGCCCGGGCGCUGCGGGGCCAGGGCUACGGGCGGCGGCUGAUGGAGGCCACUGAGCGGUGGGCCCGGGCCCAGGGGUUUGGCUGCCUGCACCUCACCACCCACGACAAGCAGCAUUUCUAUGCCCACCUGGGCUAUGUCCUGGGUGAGCCGGUGCAGAGCGUGGCCUUCCUCAGCCCUGCCAUAUCCUCCGAGGUGCUGCGGCUUUUCUCCGCCCCUCCUGGUGCUGCCAUCACCAUCAGGCCAAGGGUACCUUCUGCCCCCCCGCCUCCCCUCCCACCCCUCACUGUCCCACCACCCCCCCCUCCACCGACUGUGAUCUGGGCAAGGGGUGUCCUGGCUGAGAACAGCAAGCAGAGCCUCCUGAAAACCCCCCACCGUGACGCCAAAGGGCUCCCCAUCUUCUGGAUGAAGAAGGACAUCUGAGGGGCUGGGGCCCCAGGACGGUGAUUAAAAGCAGUGCAGGCAGGAGCUGCCUGCUGUGGCGCUGCC